CCGGAGACGGCCCAUCCGAUGUCACCGUAUAUGAGUCCGUUAUACCAUCCUGCUAUGAUGAACAUGGGUAUGCCAGGUCUGACGCCUCAUGGGCACCCUCCUAUAACACCUAGUAUGCCUAGUUUCAUGUUCUUGCCUCAGCCUAGCCCCAUGGGCGGCAUGGUCCCCGCGUAUAUGCCUGCUUCGUCGACGUCUCUGGGCGGAGAUCAUCUCGAAACGCCCACUCCUGAUGAACGGAGGGAACGGAAUGAGGGAGAGGGUGAGGGUGAGGGUGAGGGUGAAGGGAAUAACGGGAAUGGGAGCGGGGGAGAUUCGAACACUGCUUCGACGAUGACGGACUCGUAUUCUUGUCAUUAAAGGGAUGUUUGAAACUUGAGUGUGUAGCCCCCGGAAUCUGCUUUGGGUUUUGGGAUGGGCUCUCUGUGAAAUAGGAUUUGCUUUACGCGUAAACACACUGGUAAAUUUACCCUUACAAUGCAAAGUCCAUAUAGGAUUGCGAGGGUACUGUAGAUUAGAUGUGUUCUGUAUAAGUACCAUUGACUGUGUAUACGCUCCUAGGAUCCAUAUGUUGCAAAGAUCAAAAGCACUCCAAGAUCGUCGCAUUUGCAAGACGGAAUGAUCUCACCAUUAGUGACGUGUCCUGUGUCGUAUCACCAACUCGGUUCAUAUUUAUCGUGUGA